ACAAGAUUUCUUUGUGUUUUCAGUAGUUGAAAAGAAGCCAACUGUCUCCAGCAUACCCAAGACCUGCUCUGAAGACCUCACUCAGGAGCACUGCUCAGAGCCAGCAGAGCUGAAACUAGCUGGAGGCUCCAGUCCCUGCUCCGGACGGGUGGAGGUGUGGUUUGAGGGAUCCUGGGGGACAGUCUGCGAUGACUCCUGGGACCCGAAGGACGCCCAGGUGGUCUGCAGACAACUAGGCUGUGGGGCAGCGGAGAGCACAGGAGGGGGUGAGGCUACGUUUGGACAAGGAAACGGCACCAUAUGGCUGGACGAGGUGAACUGCAACGGCAGCGAGAUGCACCUGUGGGACUGCCGGCACUCUCCACUGGGACACAAUGACUGCUACCACAAAGAGGAUGCAUGGGUUAUCUGUGCAGAUGUUCCAACUACUACCAGCCCCCUGGUAAAAAAAGGACCCUCUGCACCCAGUGAGAGAGACAUGACCAUCCCAGUGAUAGCCUGUGUCGUGCUGGGAGCUCUGCUCUUUGUGGUGCUGGUCCUGUUAGCCGGGCAGCUGCAGCACAACAAGAUGCUGAGGAGAGGGAUUGCUGAGGAUCUUGACCCCUUCCAUGAAGCCAUUUACGAGGAGAUUGAAUACAAGCUGGCCAGACAGGGAACCUAUGGUGUGCCCAGGAAAGGGAGUUUCCUUUCUGAUGAGUUGCCCUAUGACUACGAUGAUGUGGAGGACAGUGAGGGGAACCCCAUCCCAGGUGAAUCGAUGCCCUCUCUGGAAGGAGAGGUCCCAGGGUACUAUGACGAUGCCAUCCCUUUGAACAGCAACCCAGAAGAUUUAUCAGGGAGUUUCCUUUCUGACAAACUUCCCUCUGGCUACGAUGAUGUGGAGGACAGUGAGGGGAAUCCCAUCCAAGGUUUUCCCCUCACUCCCCCUGGAGAGGAGAGUGCCUGGGCCGUGCUGCCCCCUGAAGAAGGGCCCGCUGCACCUGACAGGACUGACUACGAUGAUGUUGGGGAGGAGUGAGGCUGACAGUGUGUCUGGGAGGAGAAUAGAGGGGCAGCUGGAGUCCCCAAGAUUUCUAGAUCUGUAAGAGCGCCAUUAACUGUAAACCUGCCAGACAGUUUCACUGCCGUUCCAGCCUUCCUCUGGGAUUUCACUGUGAAACUCCAUUGGCUGAAUAUUUAGCAGGCUUCUCAUCAAAGCGCUUCAUGUUAAAUAUAUGAGUGUUGCCCUUUAUGCUGCAAAAUUGCAUUUUUUUUUUUCAAACAAGCUGUUUACAUUAAAUUAGCAAACAUGUCCUGAAUGCGAACUGAAACUGAGAAAUUAUAUUUUCCUAAGAAAAAGAAAUAAUCAAAUUAUGAGUGUUGCAGAGGAACC